CAUUUUCCAAUCAAAUAUCUUGCUGUCCGCUCCGUCGAAGUCGAGAUUUUACGAUCCACGCAACUCAUACCCACUGCGCUAAGAAAUGGGGGCCGCUUGCCUCGUUGGAAGCACGGGUUUGGUGGGAUCCCAAGUUUUAAACCUCUUGUUGAGCGAGAAUGCCAUCUCCUCCAUCCAUGCUUUCGCUCGCGGCAAACUCUCCGCCGACGCAAAGCUCGAAGUCGUCUCCAACGCCGAUUCAUCUGACUGGCCUAAUCACUUUCCACCAACCUGUUCCGUCUUCAUCUCCGCGCUCGGCACGAAUGCGCGCAAGGCUGGCGGCUUCGCGAAUCAAAGAAAGAUCGACUACGAAUUGAACCUCGCCUUGGCAAAAGCCGCAAAAGCCCAAGGAGUCCGCAUUUACGUUUUAAUCUCAACCGCUGGCGCGAACGUCGACUCAAUCAUCCCUUAUGCAAAGAUGAGAGGCGAGCUGGACGAAGCGAUCAAAGCGGUCGACUUCGAACAUACUAUCAUUCUGAGACCUGGGCUUCUUGUCGGGACUCGCUCGGAUAGUAGGCCGGGGGAGUAUGCAGGACGGAGAAUGGCAACCUUUCUUGGCUGGAUCAGCGGCGAUCGACUCAAGGAUCCGUGGGCGCAGGACGCGCAUGUAGUAGCCAAAGCUGCGCUGUCGGCCGCAUUGGAAGCGCUGGAGGGGAAGAACACGGAGAAGAUGAGGCUUUUGUCCCAGAGCGAUAUCAUCCGUCUUGGGAGGACGGAAUGGAGAGGUUCUGGCCUAGAUAGCUAGAUUUUGAUUAUGUAGUUUGUGGAAGGUUGUAAGAUCACCGUAUACUCCGAGC